AUGGGAACAUAUGAUCUUGAGAAAGAGAUACGUCACAUCUUACAAGACUCAUCCAAGAUACGAGAUUAUAAUGCUAAGUUGCAGAACGAAUACAUGAAGAUCAAUGAUGAGGCUAGACGGUUGAAGGUUGAAAAUUCUAAACUUUUUUCCCAAUAUGCUUGCACGGAGACAUCUCUCGCCAAAUAUAAAGCUAAAUAUUAUGCAAAAUCAGAGGAACCAGAUGGUCCUGAGAGAACCGAUUCAUAUGCAAAAAGUGGUGGCAAAAAAAAUAAUGAGCCAGAGAGCUCUAGCGCUUCUUCAAAACAAAUCAUACCUGUUACUAUUUGCAAAGAAAAGAUUUUAUUAGUCGUUGUGAAAAAGCUAUGGAAUUUGGAGAGCAUCAUGCCAAAAGAAAAAGUUGGAUAUCCCGUCUACAAAAAAUAUAUAAAUAGAGAAGAGGUACCAAAGCACAUUUUUCCUCCUCCGCUUUUGCUAAAACCUGCUCAAUAG